AUUCAUUCAUUCAUCAUCCUUGAGGGAUUUCAGCAUGUCAUCGCGGGCACCCGGCGUAUGUGGACCGUGUUGUUUUGCUCAUGUGACGUUUGAUGGAAGGCAGUGAGGUAAGCAGCAUCCGGGAUGCACACACGCAAACACACGGUCUGAGCGGGAUGCCCGCGUGACUGCAGGGAGGAACGAGGCGGAGGAAGAGGAGAAGGAGGAGGAGGAGGAGGGGAUGAUGCUGCUGGUGGUGAUGGUGGCGCGGGGGGUUUAGGUGCGUGUGGACCACCACAAACCCCCGCUGAGUUGGAGCUGUCAAAGAUCGAAACCCAGGGGGGAGAGGUUUUAUUGCAGAAGGGCUCUGAUAUUUUUGGUGCAGUUUGAUAAUCGAUAGAGGAUUUUUCUUUCUUUCUUUUUCUCGGUGUAAUUAGUCUCGCGUUUUUCCGACACGCACCGAUGUGAUAUUGAUGGGGGUUUGAUCUCCACGCCGUGACAGGAUGGACCUGACAUAAGGAGGAGGAGGAGGUGCGAGGGGCCGGGUUUGGCUCGGACACUGAGUGGACACUAGCGCCGGCUCCUGUCCUCAUCGCUGCUGCUGCUGCUGCUGCUGGUGGUGAAAAAUCAGCUGGUGUUCUAUUGGAUGCUUGAGAAUUUGCGGCCUGCUCUGGUCUCCAGUUACCGCAAUGCCACUGGCGAGAGGAGGGAGAGGUGGAAGGCUGUCCUGAUGACAGGAGCGAGCAGCAAAAAGCAUAUGAUUAAAACACUAUUAAGAAAAUUGCAAGUAAACUAAUGCAGUUGUGUGUGAAUAUGUCAGAAUGACUUGAUAGGAUGCAGCUCUAUAUGCUGUGCAGUGAAUAGACUAGUGGUCAUAAUAGACUGUAAACUGCAUUGACUGAAUCAACCUCAGUAUCAUGGCUGAAAUGUCAAAAUCAGACAAAUAAGGCUGCGAGUGUGUAGUGGCUGCUCAAUUCUCAACUUUCUGCUGACAAAGUUCUUGGACUGUAGUGUGCACCACCGUGGGCCACUGCGCAGCACCUAUGGCACCUGCCAGUGGAGAUUUUGGUGCAUAAUUGUGAGAGUGGAGCUCUGAAGCCAGCAUUGGUGUCUCCCUCUUCAACGCUCUUGCGCCUACACCACAACAACUUAACGUUGCUUUAUCAAACCAGAGUGAGUGUGAACUGUUUCCCAGCCUCCUCCUGCACUCACGGAUGAGCCUGCCAUGCCUUCACCGUCAGACUCCAGCAGUGUGGCUUCGGCCUCGGGGUCUCGGGGCUGGUCAGACAGCCGUAGAGGGAUGUCAGGCCGGGGGCCCGGAGGAGCACGGCUGCUCCUCUACCUGGGGUUGUGCCACCUGGGUCUAGGGGCCAUGGUCCUGGCCUUCUCUUUUACCAGCAUGGCCUUCACCUCUUCAGCUCGUGUGAGGCAGUCCUGUCCAUUUUGGGCUGGUUUCUUUGUGGUGGCAUCUGGAAUAGUUGGGAUAAUCUCCUGGAAGAGACCUUUGACACUGGUGGUGUCACUGUUCAUGCUGCUGUCUGCAGUGUGUGUGAUCCUCAGUCUGGCUGGUUCAAUGCUCUCCUGUCAGAACGCACAGAUGGUCAAGUCCAUGCUCACCUGCCAGGUGGAGAACGGCCUGUGUGUGUGUUGUGCGCCCACUCACUCCUGCUCCAUCACAGAGGAGGAGACCCUGGUCCUGUACCUGAAUGCUGACUGCCAUUCAGUCAGACACCAGUUGAAGGACCUUUUGUUCAGUGCCUGCGGUCUCAGCAUUCUCUCCACCAUCAUCUGUACUUUGUCCACUGUGACCUGCAGUAUUCACAUAUUCUCCCUGGACCUUGUGCACCUGCUGGCUCCCCAUCGCUCCCGUUCAGUCAACCCAGAGUGCACCACUCCUCAGGACGCGUUCCUGACCAACAUCAUGGACUUUGAGGAGUUUGUGCCACCCAUCCCUCCACCUCCGUACUAUCCUCCUGAAUACACCUGCAGCUCUGAGACAGACGCUCAGAGCAUCACCUACAAUGGCUCCAUGGAGAGUCCUGUUCCCCUGUAUCCCACUGACUGUCCCCCUCCUUAUGAAGCAGUGAUGGGACAGAGAGCUUGCAGCCAAGCGACAGUGUUUGACCCCCACGGCACUGAGCUGUCUGGAGAGAGAGGAACUUCUACUGCCUUCAGUGGAGAAGUGUCCAUGGACAGUGGAUCUCUGUUGAUGUCAGAGAUUGUGGACAUCCCUGAUGAUUCCUCCCCAUCAGAGGACUCCUGCCUGAUGGAGGUUGGACUGAGGCACCAGGGGGAGAGAGGGAACAGGACCGCCAGUGAGGUGGGAGAUGGAGGGGAGCUCUUCAACUACCGUGGUCCUCCAUCUCAAACACCAGAGAGUCCUCUGGCAGGAGGACCGAGAGCCAGACGCUUCCUCAGAGGAGAGAGGUCCAACUCUUGCUCAUCUCCCAGCACUGCCACCACCACAUACAGGUCUCCAGUGCUGCGUCGCCAGGCAAUGCUAGCAAGUAGCUGCUCCCAGCUGGAAACAAUACGAGGCUCCAGCUGUCAACAGCAAUCCUCCAUCCCAGAGAUUCGAGUACACUCCGCACAAGGAGCUGCUGUGGCCUCCUUAGUUCCAUCCCCCUCGGUUGCCGGUGCACCGGGCAGUAAUGGGGCACCACUCCCUCACCAACCGCUGUAUCUGCGACGUAGGGCGGGGAGGACUGAGAAGGAUGGAGAGAGAGGAAGGAGGGAAACUGAGGGGCUGCCUCCCCUCGUGAGGUCACACAGCGAGCCAGGACUUGGCUCCUCGACUGAUACAGUUGACUAUGGAAGCAGAGCUCUGGAGGACUCUGGAGACAGCAAGACAUCCAUAGAUACAGGUCAGUCUUCUGAUGUGUGUCUGCUGCCCCGCACUUCUCUGCCUCCAGCGGCAGCCUUACCGAGCAAAGGCAGCAUUAAAUCAGCAGCUGUAGGGGUGCAGGUGCCUGCCAAACCUCCACCCACAUCGCCACUACGUUUACCUAAAGAUUGCCACCGUUCCCUCGGAGACCUUAAGGUGACACGGGUUCUCAUGGCUCGUUUCCUGCAACGCUCCAAACGCAACCUAGCUCCUUCCUCUGAGCAUGCUGGGAGCACAGGGCAGGGACCUAAGAGGAGGACUGGAGCUGAGGGUGCUGCCACCAACCACCUGCCGCUGGAGCAUGUUUUGCUUACACCUUGGAACACAGGCCGAGGGCAGCCCAGCCGCAAUGCUCACCAUCCACCUCAUCACCGUGGACACCACCAUUCCCACAGUGACAGUCGACACAACCGACGCUACAGUGGACGGGUGCCAGAGGGGAUCCACCUGCGCAGCUGUGGAGAUUUAAGCUCCUCCUCCUCGGCGUCACUUCAUCGACUGGUGACGCCUUGUCCACCCCAUGGGUCAUCGGGAGCUCUCUACUCAGAGUCUGCACUGUGAAGACAGGAGAAGGCUGGAGGAGGGAUUGAUGAGGAAAACCCCGGAAUGACACGAGGAGUGGACGGCAGGUUUAAAGAAAUAUUUAAUCAAGACAAAAGUGGUUUUGCAACUUUUAAAAGUCUGUUCUCCCGUUUGUUCCUGUCACUACUGUAUUCGUGAAGUCAUCUGAGCAAAUGGCCUUAUUCAGAGGUGCUCUUUAUCACCCAGAACAUUGACCCAGAGCUCACACAUUCAACAACAGUGAAACAGCUCGUGUUUGGCUGCUGUGGUCUUCUAACUUACUGAGACCAACCAGAAGCAUCUGUGCUGCUGAAUUCUUCCUCCCUCACUAUAGUCAACUGGAAACGUCUUUUCCUCAACAAUGGAGACAGAACUCCAUUGACAGAACAACCACUUACUCACGUGUACAGACAGUCUAUUACAUAAUUAUGGGUUGCAAUAUGCAUCUGGCCCUUUUGUACAUUGCUAUAUAUAGCCACAGAAUCACUUAUGUAAAGUGAUUAUGGAAUUAUUCUUACUUUGUCUUCCAUUGACUUCAAUUGUUUGUUUGUUUUUGUUUUUUUUAAAAAAUCUAUCUCAAUAAAUAUAAUUAGCUUGUUUAGAGUAAGAUUAACAGAUGAGGACAAAUGCUCUAAUGUGAAAAUAUUUUUUCAAAAUUCAGGUUCCUAAUUUCCCCCCAAACUCUCACAGCUCUGCACUGGCCUUCAAAAGAAAAGCAACUAGCAUUUCUAACACAGACACACUUCAGCCUUUCAAAGGUAUUUUCUGUGCAUAGCUCCUGGACACUGUGGUUUGAUUUGCAUAUGUGCAUGUUUUGCUAAAGCAUACAGCAGGAAACCUUGUGCAUCAGAUCCUGACUGUCUGUGUAACUCAGUAACAUGUCCUCAGAAUGUCUUUAUGUCUGCAUGUUUGGAAAAUGUUUAUUACUUUUUUUCUUCCUCUUGCACCCAAGACCUAUGAUAUUAGCUAUAUUUGAAAUGUGUUUGUGGUGAUAGGUAGCUGAGGACAAAGGUCAGAGUCAAAGGAGUGCAGUGUUUCCAGAGUUUUCUGUCAGAUGACUCCAGACAUGUCACUGCAUCCUAAUUUUAUUUUGGGGAGACAUAUAUCUAUGAUAAUAGGCAAAGGCAGCCUGAUCCUGUAAGAUAAAGAGGUGUAAAGUGCACUGUGACUCGGAUUAAACGAGUCUCUUGCAAUAAAUAUACAGACAUUCUGUAUGAGGUUGGGUUUCACACUAUGUCUCAGCAUGGUUUCCACUUGCAAAGGGUCGUGAGUGUGUAGUCAAAUGAGGACAAAAAAACGGACCCACCAGAGACACUGAACAUACGGUGAGUGUGGACAACCGGAUUCUGUUGAUACAUAUUGAGCCCAUAUCAGUAAAGACUCGUUUCUGAGGCAUUCAUAAUUAUGUAACUACUUUUAAAAAUGUAAACACAUACACAUACAUGCUCUCAUGCUCUCUUAUCAAGGCACUGAGCUGUGGUGUUUCUACCUCCUGUCUUGCAUAAAACAUUAUUUAUUUGAAGAAUUGCAUAUCUGUAUGGCAGGCUUAACAGGACGUAGCCUUGAAAGCAGAAUUAUAAAUGUAUCUAAAUACGACACCUAUUCCAGAUUUUAAAUGAAAACUUUAAAUGCAAGUUAUGUAUUUCAGCAUAUGAAAUAAAUGAUAGAACUAAAAUAAAAAAUAAACACUUUU